CUUCUUCCCUCUCUCUCUUUGUCUCUUUUCUUAUUUAUAAAUGAUGAACAAUAAUAAUAUGGAUGAAGGCUUUGUAGAACAAGGAUUUAAAUUACCUGGUUUUAUGAAUAGUUGGUCAGAUGAAGAAAAAGCAGAAUUUGCCUAUCAAUUGCUAUUAUGUAUACCCGUAUCAUCUACAACAAAAGUCAUGAAUCGAUUAUCACCACUUGUCUAUAAGGAUUAUAUCUCUUCACUACCUUAUGAGAUAAAAUUAGAUAUCCUCUAUCGAUUGGACACCAAAUCCCUUGUUCGCAUGUCACGCGUUUCAAAACAGUGGAAAUCAAUUAUUGAAGAUCAGCAGUUAUGGAAAGAGUUGUACCUUCAUUCAGGUUGGUCAUUUAAUCAAAGGGCAGUAAAGGAAUAUUUAUUAUCACAACGAACACUUGUCGAGAAAAGCAUGAGCACACCCAGAUCACUUUUACCCAUGAUGCCCCGACUAAGACCAUUCAAAGCUCCACCUCCUAUUUUGGAAAAGUUUGCUCUCAAUACUGAUUCAGCCGUUCAACAAGUUUGUUCAUCGAAAUCACAGCCAUUAUCAUCAUUCAAUAGACAAGAAGCAUUAUCUCAUAUCAUAAAAGAAAGACCCUUUAUAAAUAGACCUCCUCUUAGACGUCAUAUAAAAUACGAUGAAACACCUAUUUAUCAUUAUAAAGAAUCAACCGAUACACGUUAUAUCAAUUGGAAACGACUGUAUCGCAAUAGAUCAUUGAUCGAAAAAAGAUGGAAUGAAGGAAAAUGCAAGAUGAGGCAGUUUCCUUCAGAUGCGUCUCUGGAACACAGUGGCUCGAUCUAUUGUUUACAAUUCAAUAACUCCAUUCUUGUUACAGGAAGCAGGGAUAGACAUAUCAAGAUAUGGGAUAUCAAUACAGGCGCACUGCUCCGUAAACUAGAAGGCCAUUUAGGCAGUGUUCUCUGUCUGCAGUUUGAUCAUCGUUUCUUGAUUAGUGGAAGUAGUGAUGCCGCGCUAAUCAUAUGGGACAUUCACACUGGAGAACGCAUCAAGGUGAUUCAGGGUCAUGAAGAAAGUGUGCUCAACGUCAAGUUUAAAGGAAACACACUGGUGAGUUGUUCAAAGGAUAGAACAGUUCGUAUCUGGAGAUUGGAGAAUAGCGGAGAUAUUAAGCUUCACUCCGUCUUGAGAGGACAUCGUGCUGCAGUCAAUGCUGUGCAAUUUAAAGACAACAAAGUAGUAUCUGCAUCAGGCGACAGAACAAUAAAGAUAUGGGAUAUGACUUCGGGUGAAUGUCUUAAAACAUUAGACUCACAUAGUCGAGGCAUCGCAUGCGUUGAAUAUGAUGGUAAAUACAUCAUCAGUGGAUCAAGUGAUCAAACUAUCAAAGUAUGGAAUGCUGCAACAGGAGAAUGUAUUCAUACUCUAGUGAGCCAUAAAGAUCUUGUACGUACAAUACAACUAGACAGUAAAAGUAAAAGAAUCAUCAGUGGAAGCUAUGAUGGAAGCUUAAAGAUUUGGGGAUUAGAAAAUGGGAUUUUAUUAAGAAGUCUAAGUCAAGCCACCUAUGGCAGAAUACUAAAUUUACAGUUUGAUUUUGGUAAAAUCAUCUGUUCGACGAAUUUGGGCAAAAUAAUCAUCUAUGAUUUUACAUAUGGCAUCGAUACACAGUUUAUUUCUUGAUCUCGUCUAUCCUCUUCUUUAAUUGUUGAAUCGAUCUUGCCUUUAGUUCCAAUAAAUCGCUCAAUGUCUCCAGAUACUCGAUAAAUUCAUUUACGCUUCUUUUUGCAUGUGGCUGAUGAAUAAACUUGAUCUCCUUGUUUAAACAUUCGUUCAUAUCACAAAUAUGC